GUUCUGUUUCUAAACAUAAUCAUAUAUCAGAAUUAUAUAAAGUUGAGAUUGCAAAAGUUACAAACCAAAUUAAAAAGCAAGCUAAAGAAACAAAUAACAAACCUAUAAAAAUUGUUCAAGACAAUGUUGUUAAUACAUUAGAAGAAUUUUAUUCUUAUUAUCUAUAA